GACUCCUCCUUUGCAAAUUUCCUCCAAGUUACAAAGCCAUUCGUCCCUAAGAUGGUUACAUUAUCAUGCAUGGUUGCACCAAUGGCAGUGGCCUUAGUAGCCAUCUGGACCCACAUUGGUGUGUCCGCCUCUCCACCAGGCCCGGUCAUCAAGUGCACGUCCGGGAACAGCAAUUGCACAGUGACCAACGGCUAUGGUUCCUUUCCUGACUGGACCACCUGCCAAGUGGCCUCCGUCGCAUAUCCAACCAACGAGAGCGAACUGCUAGUCGUAGUCUCAAAUGCAUCAAUGAACAAGCAAAAGAUGAAAGCGGUCAGCGUAUACUCCCACAGCAUCCCGAAGCUAUCGUGCCCAGGCGGCCCCAGUGGAGCUGGUCUGGCAAUAAGCACCAUGCGGUUGAACCACGUGGUGAGCGUGGACUCGACCCUCAUGCGCAUGACCGUGGAGAGUGGGAUCACCAUGCGUGCGCUCAUCGAUGCCGCAGCUAAGAUUGGCCUGGCGGUCCCACCUUCGCCCUAUUGGCUAGGUGUGACCUUGGGUGGCUUGUUGAGCACGGGGUCGCAUGGAAGCUCGCUUUUUGGGAAGGGCUCAGCCGUGCAUGAGUAUGUUGUGGGGAUGAGGCUCGUCGUACCGAGUAAUGAGUCCAUCAGCGGCUCUUAUGCAAGGAUCGUAGACCUUGGAGAAGAUGAUCCAGACCUUUUAGCAGCCAAAGUUUCUCUGGGUGUUCUAGGCGUCAUUUCUCAGGUGACUCUUCAACUGCAGCCCAUGUUCAAACGGUCCAUCACCAACAGGGUCUUGGCAGACACUGCUUUUGAGUCCACCAUUACCACCUUUGGCGCGACCACCGAAUUCGGUGACCUAACUUGGUAUCCUUCACAAGCUAGGGUGGUAUAUAGAGACGACGUCCGUGUUCCCAUAAGCACGGUUGGAAAUGGCGAGAAUGAUUUCACAGGGUUCAGAUCACAGCUAUCACUGCUCAUCGUGGCCACUCGCGGAAUAGAAGUAGUAUUUGAGGCGACCGAAAAUUCCUACGGGAAAUGCAUGCAGUCCAGAGUUCAAGUUACAACAUUACUUGAGACAGGCAUGGGCCUGAGGAACAACCCCAAAAGCAUUUUGGAAUUCACAGGUUAUCCAGUGAUAGGAAAUCAUAGCAAGAUGCAGGCUGCAGGGUCGUGCCUUAACGGUAGUGAUGAUGGGUUGUUCACAGCUUGUGGGUGGGACCCAAGAAUCCAAGGGGUCUUCUUUUAUCAAAUGACCUUUAGUAUAUCCUUAACCAAUGUGACUAACUUCUUCACUGAUGUGAAGAAACUAAGAGACAUGUACCCUACAGCUCUCUGUGGCACUGAAUUAUACGGUGGAAUCUUGAUGAAAUUCAUCCGAAACUCGACGGCCUAUCUUGGGCAGGUGGAUGACUCUCUUGAUAUUGACAUAACCUAUUACAGAUCUCGCACUCCUGCCACUCCUCGGCUUAAUGAAGAUGUCUUGGAAGAGAUUGAGCAAAUGGCAUUGUUCAAAUACAAUGGACUGCCUCAUUGGGGGAAGAACAGAAACAUUGGGUUUUUAGGAGCAAGAGCUAAGUAUGGGCCUAAAGGAGACAUGUUUGUGGCUGCAAUGGCUAAGUAUGAUCCUGAUGGGUGGUUUUCUUCCGAAUGGACGGAUGGGAUCUUGGGUUUACGUGGGGCUACUGUGGUGAUUGAAAGAAAGGGUUGUGCACUUGAUGGAUUGUGUGUAUGCUCCCUUGAUGAACACUGUGCCCCAGAUGAAGGAUACUAUUGCCGCCCAGGUGUUGUCUAUACAGAAGCUCGAGUGUGUCGGAGGACCAAUGUUUCUUAAGAUAUCAACCAAAGAAUUAAGUGGAAACAUCAUGUAUGCUGAUGGGCUCACAAGUCAUCAUAUGUAAACCAUCAUGCAUAGCUUAAAAGAAUAAUAUUCUUUUAAAUAUGAUAUAUGUUUAUCAUUAAGUAUGAUGAUGGUUAUGGUGAUGAUUUUUAGAGAAUGAGAUUCUUAUGUGUAUGGUUGUACAUGUACAAGUAUACAUAUUAUCGAUACCUAGUAAGAUGGAUUUAUGUAUCUCCGUUUAGAUCUUCAUAGAUCAUUUGCAAAUCUGUGUCUCUUUUAUAAUUUUUUGUUAUUGCCCAUGAAAUAAAUAGGUUACAAUUUCCACGGUAUAGUCUCUUAUGGUUUACUAAUGACAAUCAUGGUUAUGUUGAUGAUGAUGAUAUUUAGUGUGUUUCAUAUAUAAAAUAUUGAUCAUUAAUACCUCCUUUUAGGUUAACAAAUAACU